AUGGCUCAAAACGAGGAGGUCCAACUGAAGACGUUGAACGAUUAUCUUCACCCUACGCGUACGGCCACACCGUCAUGCGUAAUGUUUCCCCCUAAUAUGCCGAAUUUGGAUUUCAAGCCGGGCAUGAUCCAACUCUUGCCGACCUUUCAUGGGUUAGAGAGCGAGAAUCCAUACGUGCAUAUUAGGGAGUUUGAAGAAGUGCUGGCCACUUUUCACAACCGAGCUGAAGCUGCGGACUCUGUGCGAUUGAAAUUCUUUCCUUUCUCUUUGAAGGACAAGGCUAAAAGCUGGUUGUAUUCUCUGCGACCUAGGUCUAUUGGAAGUUGGGAAGAAAUGGCGACAACGUUUUUCAACAAGUAUUUCCCUCACCAUAAGACUAAUGGUCUGAAGCGACAGAUCUCGACCUUUACCCAGAAGGACAGUGAAACUCUAUAUCAAGUUUGGAAACGGUUCAAGGAUCUGUUAAAUCAGUGUCCUCACCAUGGUUACGAGAGUUGGCGCCUCGUCAGUUAUUUCUACGAAGGACUUACAAUCCGAGAACGCCAAUUUGUGGAGAUGAUGUGUAAUGGUGAGUUUCUCCAAAAGGACCCCGAAGAGGCUUUUGAGUAUCUUAAUGAGUUAGCCGAGAAAGCCCACACAUGGACUGGUCCAAGUGCUACUGACAGCACCAAUCGGUCCCGACCAGCUGGAAUCUAUCAACUAAGGGAAGAGGACAAUCUUAAAGCCCAAAUUGAGUCUUUGACACGACAAAUUGAGAUCCUCAAAACCAAAGAAGGUAGAGGAAUUCACAUGGUUGCUAGGGCAAAGAUACAAGAGCCUUACUUUGUUUGUGGAGGGGUGGAGCAUCUAGCUAAGGAUUACCCUGCUUACAAUGAAAUGGGAGGGGUUUACAAGGCGCAAUGUAAUGCUUUAGGGACAUACAACAAAUCCUUUUCUAACACAUACAAUCCUGGCUGGAGUAACCAUCCAAACUUCAGUUGGAGAGAUUCCAACCAAGCGCAACCAUCAGGAGGACAAUGGAGAAUUGACCAGCAGCCGUAA